AAUGUGCAUCUUAAGUUUUUGUAAGAAUAAUGCCAUAAAGAUGUUUGGGCUUAUUCUUGUUUAUCUUUUGCUUACAUUUAAUUGCGAUAUAUUUUUUUUUAUAUACAGCCCCUUGCGCUUUCAAUGUCGAUAAUCAGACUUCAACCAUUGAGACUCUGACUGGAACCAAUUUUAAGAGAUGGAAAGAAGAUAUUGAAAUUCAACUGGGUUUGAUGGAUCUUGACAUAGCCUUACAUGCGAAUGAGCCUCCUAAGCCAACUGUGAGGAGUUCCAUUGAAGAGAAAGCUAGGUAUGAAAAAUGGGGAAGGGCGAAUCGUUUAAGUUUGAUGAUAAUGAAAAGGUCUAUCUCCCAUACUCUCAUUGGUGCCAUAUCUAAGACAGAAAAUGCUAAGAGAUUCUUUGAUGAUAUAGUAGAAAAAUACAAAUCGUCUGAAAAAGCAGAUGCUGGAGAACUUAUGGAUAGGUUGACAGGAAUGAAGUAUGAUGGGGUGGGUGGUGUGAGAGAAUAUAUUAUGAAGAUGGUUGAUAUAACUGCUAGACUGACCGAGCUUGAGAUCCCCAUUACUGAAUCAUUUCUUGUUCAUCAUCCUCUUAACUCCUUGCCUUCACAAUUUGACCAAUUGAAGACUUCUUAUAAUACUCAGAAGGAUAAGUGGAAUACCAAUGAACUAAUCUCUAUCUGUGACCAAGAAGAAAAGAGGAUCCUUAGGGGUUCUGGUGGUAGUGUGAAUUUUGUGAGUCAACCAAACAUGAAAGGGCAUUCCUCAAGCCACAAUUAUCGCAGAAAUAACAAAGGUGGCAACAAGAUCAAAAAUCAGAAGAGCAAUGGCCCCAAACCUGCUAUCAAGAAAGAGAUCAAUUGCUGGUUCUGUAAGAAAAAUGGUCACAAGAAAUUUGACUGUCACAAGUAUAAGAACUGGUUGGCAAAGAACAAAAGUGGAGGGGUUCAAGAGCAAGCGAAAGCCAAAUGAUCAUGAGAGAACGCUGGUGGUUGGAAAUGGCAUUCGAGUACAAGUUAAAGAUAUAGGAGCAGUAGAGUUUAGAUUAGAAACUAGAUAUACCCUUGUUUUGAAUGAUGUCGCUUUUGUACCGUCCUUUAGGCGGAAUUUGAUCUCCAUUUCUAAGAUGGA